AUGGGGAGGGGAGUGCUGUAGGCGUGCAGAGAAAGAGAGAGAUGAAAAUAAAAAUCUAAGCCGACAGGAGCAGGCAUCAGAGCGCAGUGUCUGCCCUAGCUAUUUGAGGAUCAGUUCAGAAUGCGCUUUUAUUGUCAUUAUUUUUAUUCUUUAUUAUUUAAAUAUAACCAUUAAUAUUUUACAACAUGAUUUGUUUGUCCAGACGCGUACUGGCACAUUUCUUGCUUCAGCUUUGCUUCUGCUUCAUUUGCAUGUGUGGUUCUCUUGCUGAAGUGCGUUAUUCGGUUCCAGAGGAGAUGCAGCAAGGCUCCAUCAUCGGCAAUGUGGCGAGAGAUUUGGGAAUAGAUGUGACGGAGCUCAUGAGGCGCAAUGCUCGAGUUGUUGCUGAGGGGAGCCGACAGUUUUGUGAGCUGAGUGCAGAAACAGGCUCUCUGUUGGUGAGCGAGAGAAUGGACCGUGAGGAGCUUUGCACACAGUCUGCACCCUGUGUCCUGCAAUUUCAACUCCUAUUGGAGAAUCCGCUCAAAGUGUACAGUCUCCUCUUGGACAUCCAGGACAUCAACGAUAACAGCCCAGCAUUUGAUAACGGUCAGAUUGAGCUUGAGCUACUGGAGUCAACGGUUCUAGGGAGGCGUUUUCCACUUGAAAGUGCUCACGAUCCUGACAUAGGAGCUAAUUCUGUUCAGCAUUAUCAACUCAGCGAGAGUGAAUAUUUUGCUUUAGAGAUGAAUACUCAGGUGGACAGAAAUGCAUAUCCUGAAUUGGUCCUCAAAAAGCCUUUGGAUCGAGAAAACCAAGCUGAUCACUUUCUGACCCUAAGUGGAGUAGAUGGUGGCCGGCCUUCUCGUUCUGGAACAGCUUCAAUUCACAUUCACGUGUUAGAUGCUAAUGAUAAUGUUCCUGUGUUUGGUCAAAGGGUGUACAAAGUCAGUGCACAAGAAAAUUCAGCUCGAGGUUCUGUGUUGGUUAAAUUAAAUGCAACCGAUUUAGACAGCGGGAUUUACGGGGAAGUUAGUUACUCUUUUAGUCACGUGCCUGAUAAGACGAGGGGGAUUUUGGCUGUUGACCCCGUGACGGGUGAGGUGAGAGUCACGGGUGCAUUGGAUUACGAGGAGGCCAGUUCUCAUGAGCUGGAUGUACAAGCCAAAGAUGGAGGAGGACAGUCGUCUCACUGUAAACUCAUCAUAGAUGUGAUAGAUGUGAAUGACAAUGCACCUAUUAUUGCAGUUAAAUCAAACUCUGCUACUGUGCCAGAAGACGCUUCACCUGGAACUAUGGUGGCUUUGCUACAUGUUUAUGACCUUGAUACCGGCACCAGUGGCCGGGUCACAUGUGAGAUAUCUGAUGAUGUGCCAUUUAAGCUUGUAUCAGAAGUAAAAAAUUACUUUAUGCUUGUGAUUGAUGGAGUUUUAGACCGGGAAAAGUGUCCUCACUAUAACAUAACAGUGACUGCUGUGGAUGCUGGCACACCCCCUUUAUUCAGCAGCAAAACUGUAGCCAUAACAGUUACAGACGUUAAUGAUAAUCCUCCUAUUUUUAGACACAGUGACUACAGCAUCCAGUUUGCAGAAAAUCAGCCUCAGGGAACCCCAGUCAUUAAAGUCAGAGCUGACGAUGCAGAUGAGGGGCAGAAUGCUAGAAUCCUGUAUUCUCUUUCAGAAGAUGCAGCUUCUCUUUUCUCCAUUAAUGCAGAGAACGGUGAGAUAUUUACUCUACGGCCCUUUGAUUACGAAACAUCCACUCACUUCAGUGUUCAAGUGAUGGCUCGUGAUGGAGGCAGUCCUCCGUUCACCAGCACAUGCACUGUCCGGGUCUUUAUUACAGAUCAGAACGACAAUGCUCCGGUUGUUCUUUACCCAGUUCAGUUUGAUGGAUACCUUGCGGAUGACAUUGUGCCCCGAGCUGCUCCUGCAGGUUAUUUGGUCACUAAAGUGGUUGCUGUUGAUGCAGAUGCAGGGCACAAUGCAUGGCUGUCCUAUCGAAUUGUGAAAGCCACGCAGCCCAAUUUGUUCUCGAUUGGACUUCACUGUGGGGAAAUUCGGACACUAAGACCAUUUGUAGAAGAUGAUGAGAUCAAACAAACCUUGCUAGUCUCUGUGAGUGAUAACGGGCCUGAGUCUUUGUCUGCCACUGCAACUGUUAAUAUUAUGACUGAAGACGGCUUGCCUAUCAUCGAUGAGCUCUUUGCACGUGGCAUAGAUGAGUCACAUGCUCACAAUGACCUUACUCUGUAUUUAAUACUGGCUCUGGCAGGCGUGUCCAGUCUUUUAUUUGUGCUCAUAAUUGCUAUGGUCUAUAUGAGAUUAUGUAGACACAGAUACAUGUAUCGCUCAACUGCAAACUUACCCGUUUUUCCUCCUACCUACGGACCACCUGGCUACUCCGACGUGAGCCGCUUCACUACUUUGCAGAAGGAUGAUCGAUAUAACUCUUUCUUAACAACAGGCUCGUGGAGAGGGGACUUCAGAUUCGGCUCUGACUUUGUUGAUUUUGACAUGCAGAAUAAGAGUGGGUCGUCUGUGCAUGUGGGUGGACGCAGCACUGCACGUGCGACGCUCUUAGUGCCACAUAAGUUCUAAACCAGAUGGUUUGACCCUGACAAUCAUACUUAAAAUCCUUAUCAACAGAUCGGACUGAAAAUCUUUUAAUCAAACAAAUGACAAAUGUUCAUAAUUAUAAUGCAUUAGCUGUUUCAUGAAAACACAUUACAGUGAAUCCUUCACUUUUAUUGUGUCCUUUUCUGCUUUAAUUUUGAAUGUGACAAGAUCUUGACAUCAAUGUUUUAGUUUUUUUGUAAUUGCACUUUAAAGACUUUUGUGUGCUCUUUAUUGUUAUAUGCGGUUCUAAUGUGUGUGUGUGUGUGUGUGUGUGUAUAUAUAUAUAUAUAUAUAUAGAGAGAGAGAGAGAGAGAGAGAGAGCUUGGACU